ACCCACUCCAAUAUAAAAUUUGCCAAUACCAAAAAAAUUGAGGGAGGGUAAAAAAACCACAACAAAUAUACUGUAUUCCAAGUUUGAAGAAAAAUGGCAGGAUUACCGAGACUUAUCACGUUGAGGGGAAACCGUUUCUUCCAGUAUGAAACGGAAGAAGGGGAAUUACACGCGACCGUGCGAAAUACAUCUGAUACGAUAAUUAGUGAGAACAACUUCACCUUGUUUGAAGUGGUGAGUUCAAGGGUUCAGGGUAUGGUCCACAUCAAAAGUCGCUUCAAUAACAGGUACUUGCGGCUCAACCCAACCGGAGUGUAUAUUUACGCCACUGCAGACGAGCUCGAGGAAGACCGUGCCAAACGGUCUUGCACUUUGUUCAGGGUUGUCGUCUCCGGCUACAACGUGCGUUUCUUCCACCAGUCCGAUAAUGUUGAGCGGGGUGUGAUAUAUUAUCAAAAUGGUGUCCUCGGAGUCCAGGCAGGUAUCCAUACAUAUAGCUUGUUAUUUAGGGACAUGACCGACUUUGUAAUCUUGCCGAAGCACGUAAUGUUCAAAGGGAAUGAUGGGAAUUACUUAAGAGCACGUAAAAAUAGAAAUCUGGAGUUCGUUGCCAACGAUCCAACGGAUCCAAGAGUGCACCACAUUGCAACGGUUUCACCUCUUAGUCCAAGUUUCAGCCUACUGUCCCCCAGAUUCAAUCUGUACUGGGAGAGGAUUAAUGGUGAUUGGCUCCAAUGCAACUCGAGCAGACCAUUCAUCGUGAAUACGGCCUUCCGCCCAGUGAGGCAGGGUUUUGGUAGCCAAAACAACACCAUAGCUCUGUUGAAUACGAAUAACAACAGGUACUGUGAGAGAUGGACCAGCGGGGGGAACGCUGGUCGUAUUCGAGCUUCCUCCUCGACUGUCCCGCCUACUGCGGUGCUCACAGUGGAGGAGGCAGUCCGGGAUCGAGAAAUCUCUGACAUCAGGUAUCGUUUAGAGGAUGCACGCAUCUACAAUAUGGUUCCUCUACAGGCCGUAAGCCAAACUGUGUUUAACUAUGGCAAUCAUGAUGAGAGACAAGAGGUGAAAUUCACCUACAGAGAGGUGAUAGAGGAGAAGUUCAGCUCGUCACAUUCGUGGAAACUGUCGGUCAAGGCUACCAUCAGGGUUAGAUUGAUCCCAGUGAUACUUCAGGGGAAACUGACUACAACUGCUAGCUACGGAGGUAGUGUUGAAUGGUCCAAAAUGAAAAGAAUUGAGAGAACAGUAACUGGCUCCACAACCGCUACAGUACCAGCAAGGAGUUCUAGAAGGGUGACCUUGAUCGUUGGACAGGGUUCCAUGGACGUCCCUUACUCUUACAGACAAAGUGACAUCCUUAUGGAUGGAACCUUUGAGGAAAAGACUAUGCACGAUGGUCUUUUCUCGGGUCUCAACACCUUUGAAUUCCAAUAUACUCUCGAAGAACCUGAAAGCCUUCCUCGUAGUGCUAGGCCGCCAAUAGGCCAUGAUGACAUUGUCAUCGUGCCAGGUGAAACCAUGGACCUCCCUAGAAUGGCCAUCUCGCGUGGAGUCGAUGAAGUAGAAGUGGAAGGAAAAGAGGAGGAACUAGUUCCAAUGGAACAAGAUUGUGGAGAAGAAGGAAAGGAGGAACCAGUUCCCCUGCCAGUGUCUUCCAAGCUUUAGUUACUUACAUACACUAUGUGUUCUAUUUUACAUUUUGUCUUUUUAAGGAUGAAUAAUAAUAAUAAUAAUAAUAAUAAUAAUGAUGAUGUGAGUUUUCCUAUAACACACAUAUUGUGUUUGUAUUAUGGUUGUACUUUGCUUGUAUUAUUGGUUUUCUCCUUUAUUCUCUGCAUGCUAUAUAUCAAGAUCUUUCUCUAAACAA